GUUUGAAAUAUGAACUAGAUUAAAAUAUCAUCACACUUGAUGAGCAUGUUUUUCGAAAUUGUUGAAUGUCUUCGCAUUCCAAGUGAAUUUUUGCCCUAUUUGGAAAAAAACAAUAUCCAAUGUCAUAUUGUACUACAUACUAUAAAAUGAUGGUGAACUUAUAUAAUUCUGAUAGUUGAUCUCUAACGAUCAAAAGUGAAAAAUGAUACAUGCAAGUGCAGUUUGCACAUGAUCUUGAAAUCUCUCAGUUAUUGAUCACCAAAUUUCUUAGAGGUGACAAUUCUCAUGGUUGUUUAUUAAUUAAUCAAAUAACUACCAAGGCGGGGUACUUUGUAUAAAAUGUAAAGGUCACUCUUAUUAUUUCUAAUAGUGAUUGCAAACUCUCUUGUGAGCACGACAAAAUGCAAUUGAUAAUUUUGACGCUGAUUGCUAGCAGCCAAGCAGUUUUAACCUCUCCAAUUGGCCUCAACAUAGGUCUAGAGCCAAGACUGCACCCAAUCGAGUCCCUUCACCAUUCACAAGACAAACUUGGACACUACGCUUAUGGGUAUGCAGCACCUUUAAGCAGCAGGAGUGAAACAAGAACUCCAGAUGGCGUCACAAAAGGUGGCUAUUCGUACAUCGACUCAGAUGGUGUCCUUCAAACAGUGGAAUACACCGCAGAUCCUGUCCAUGGUUUCAGAGUAGCCACCACUAACUUGCCAAGAGAUCUGCCAGACGUAGCAGCAGCUAGGGCACAGCAUAUGGCUACCUAUUCAGCUGUGGCAGCUCAGAACGCCAAAAUCGCUCAGUUACUCUCUGUUCCCUACUCUAAUCCCAUAGCUGUUCCACAAAGUAACGUUCCUCGAAUACCAAUAGACCAACAGCUUCCACAACCUGUAGUAGACUUACCUGAAGUCGUAAAAGCAAGAAACGAACACCUAGCUGCUCUUCAAGCUGCUUACGCAGGCAUUUCCUCCUUACCUCAGCCUGUCCAAGACCUUCCUGAAGUAACCAGAGCACGUGCCGAGCAUUUAGCUAUCGUUGAUCAGCUAACACAGCAACACGCAGCGCUAGCUAGCCAAGUCAACCUCAGCCCUGUUCCAGCAAACAUACCAGGAGGUGUGAUUCCUGUCAAAACCGCAGCUGGCAACUACGAGCCUGGUUUGCCUGUCAACCAGAACCAACAGGUUUCUUAUACACCUCUGCGAUAUGGAGAUGCUGAAGCCAAGGAUGGGAAUGAUCUGCAGCGAUACUCUUAUGGAUAUGUUGGUCCUUUGAGUUCUCAUAAUGAAGCUAGAUCUGAUGACGGCGUAACUAGAGGAGGUUACUCCUACAUUGAUGCGAAUGGAAUAGUUCAGAAUGUUCACUACGUGGCUGAUGCUGUUAACGGUUUCCGAGUGACAGCUUCCAACAUCCCUAUUGACGUACACCACGUGACUAAGAUAGUGCCAGAAUCUAGAGAGCCGAUAGUUGUUGCUCCUUCAAGGUCUCUGGAAGAAAAGUUGGUGGUUAAGGCCGUUUCUGGAGAUCUUUACGCUCACGAGAUAGUUUUUUGAGUACAUUUUUUAUUUGGUUUGAUGUUUGGAUUGCUCGGCCUCUGCUGCUUCCAAAAUUCAUAAUAAUCGACUUCUUAGUUUAUUUCUCAAUACUUACUAUGUAUUAUGCUGUUCAUUGAAGCAUGCACAAUCAUAAUAUGGUCGUCAUAACCCAUAUGAGUCACCACAAGUUAUGAAGAUGAAACACUGUCUGGUCUUGCAAUAUGUUCCUCUUUGCUUCUAAAUAUAUAUAUAUGAAUAUGAAUAUGAAUAUGAAUAUAAAGCAUUCGGUAUUCCGUGUGAUUUUCCUGAAGAGAAUUUCUCGUCUCCAAGAGAUCAAAGAAGGCCAAACUUGUAUUUAUUUUAUUUAUAUUAGUGAUUCCUAACCCCAUCAGUGCAGAUUCAAAAACUUGCAGACUAUUUGCCCCAUUGAUUUUAUUGAUAUUUUCCUUUCAAGAGCGCUUUCAUGAGGACGCGGGAAACCCCUGUAUGCAUUCUCAGGGCACAGAUUGUCAAAUAUAUUAUUUUGACAAUUGUAAUCCAUUUUUGUUUUUCAUUCCAUCUUCUAUUCAUAAAACCCAUAACUUCCAAAAGUUUAAUAGGGAAAAUAAAAAAGUGAAUGACCUCUCUCCGAGAGGACAAAUCUGAUGACCGCAGUGGGAUGUUAUUCAAGAAUCUAAGAGUUGCAAAUUUCUUAGUGUGGGUAAAUUUCAAGAGCAGCGGAAAAAUAUCCAAGGGUAGGUUGAACUUUUUUGACACCACCAAGUAUAUCUCGAGCGGUGCGUUCUCAUUUCCGCAAAUCAACAAGGCCGUAAAUUAUCGGUACCCGUGGCCACAGAACUUCCCAGAUAAGAGCCACUUAUAGUCCGAUAUGCCCGAAAAACCAAUUUUACAAACCCCCUACAAAUUGCCACGCUCGACCAUCGGCUAAAUCAUCCGAAACAAAAACAGCGCAGCAGAGCGGCCUAACUCGCGGCUUGUCCUCUCGUGGCCAAUAUAUUAAGAGCGAUCCUGCCAGGAUAAAUCCAAGGAUGUAAUCAGGGCUGCUAGGUCAACAGAGGCGUACCUUAAUGUAGGCAGUAAAAUGAUUGGUGGCUGAAAAUAUAGGAUAUGGUUCCUUAGCUCAUUUUGAGGAAAAAAGUUCAUAUCGCCGUUCCAGAAUAAUAAUGACGUAACUGUAAUUUUUUCGAUUACUCUAUCUGGAAGAGAUUCGACAGAAUUGUAGUAAAAUAUUUGGCAUCUCGAUGUAAGUUACGUCUUUAUCGAAUUUGUAUCAAUUGGCUCUAUUUCACUGGAAGAAAACUGUCGCAACGGUCAGUUAUGAGAAGUUUUCUAUAAAAAGUUGACGCAAGUUAUUUUUUUCCAUUACAGAAACGCCGUAAAUGUAUCUUGAGAGUAUUAUU